AAACUCAAGAGGGCGACGGAACCAGAAAAUAGCGCCUUAUGAGAAAACUGAAUGAUCAUUGGAUAAAGUAAUUAUUACUUGAAGUUUCGUAAUUGAGUGAACUUUAUCACAAUGUUCGGAAAGCAGACGACGGCUGGGGGAUCAACUGGAACCCCCAGUCUCUUUGGGACCACAGCCCCUACAGCCGGAGGGUUUUCCUUUGGUGGAGCACCAGCGGCAGGGACGGCAGCACCCAGCGGAGGGUUUUCGUUUGGCCAGACACCAACCAGCAAGCCUGCCGCAGCUCCAGGGGGCUUCAGCUUUGGCUCCACCCCCUCCCAGCCAGCCCAGCCACAGGCGACAUCGUCUUUCUCCUUUGGAAACAAUGCAACAGCAGCACCCGCAACAAAGCCUGCUGCUUCAGGAUUUCAAUUCGGUGGGACUGCUCCAGCAUCCGCACCAUCUCAGCAACCAGCCACUGGAUUUUCAUUAGGGGGCGGGGCCGCUGGAGGUUUCAAAUUUGGGGAAACCCCCAAACAGCCAACAGCUCCCCCAGCCCCUACAGCUACAGCUGGGGGAAGUUUCUCCUUCGGUGCCACCCCCUCUGGAACCAGUGCAGCUGCUCCUGUUGCAUCAGCCGCCCCUAAUGUUGCAAAGCCUGGGUUCUCACUGGGAGGGCUGUCGGCUCCAGGAAUAGCCUCUACAGCUGCCACAACUCAACUCAGUCAGACGGCCACUUCCACUCCUGCAUCGGGGGGUUUAGCUGGUGGUCUUGGCGGAGGGAUCAAACUAGGAGGAUUUGGAGCCCCAGCAUCGACAGCACAAAGCACAGCAUCCGCUGGUCUGAAAUUAGGCACAUCGACAACCUCCGCUCCAGCAGGUGGAUUGACGUUAGGUACAAGCACAACCUCCACCCCAGGAUUAGGAGGAGGUCUAAAACUAGGAGGUCUUGGAACUAAGCCAUUAGGAACAGGUCUAACUCUAGGCACACCUGCAUCAAGUGCCGCAGCUAGUUCCUCAUCGGGUCUUGGUCUGUUGGGAGCCAAGCCCACGACUACAACAGCAACAGGAAUUGGACUCGGUGCGCUUGGAGCCAAACCUACUGCUACCACUGCUGCUUCCGGACCUGCAGAGACGAUGUCCUACCGUGAAUUAGAAGAAUGCAUCAAUAAAUGGACGGUGGAAUUGGAGGAGCAGGAGAAGAGUUUCCUUCACCAAGCCGCACAGGUCAACGCUUGGGAUAGGACGCUGGUCGUUAAUGGAGAAAAGAUCACAUCACUCCAUAAUGAUCUUGAAAAGGUGAAAGCAGAUCAGCAAAGACUAGAGCAUGAGUGCGAUUACAUCGUAGCCCAGCAGAGAGAACUUGAAGACAUUCUUGUCCCACUUGAAGAGGCAUGUAAGACACAGGAGGGCUCCCUCUACAGGCAGCAUACAGAUAUAGAGAGGGAAAGAACGUAUCAGAUGUCUGAGAGCAUAGAUUCCCAGUUGAAGAGGAUGGUCCAAGAUUUAAAAGAGAUUAUUGAUCACAUGAACACAUCCAACACAUCUAUGGACCAGACAGAUCCUGUAAACCAAGUUGCCAAGAUCCUGAAUGCUCAUAUGAACUCGCUGCAAUGGAUUGACCAAAAUACAGGUCUUGUUCAGCGAAAGGUCGACGAGGUAACCAGACAGUAUGAGAUCAUCAAGAGAGACCAAGAAAGGAAUGUUCAUCUAGCGUUUGAAUGAUGCCUUUAUAUCCCUCCAACCAUUCCUCGUCUAGCCAUUGUAAGACAUGCUCCGGCUACUUGAACUCUAUGGCCCCUGAUACACAUACAUUUUGGAUGCAAGCUUGGACGGCACCUUCAAGCCUGCAAUUUGGGUGAU